CCUAUGUACUGUACCUCAUGACGAUAGAAAGGCGCAGUUUGACAAGCAGGGCAGCGUCAACCAUAUUCUUCCAUAAAUAUUUAACAUUUUCCACUUUCCUCUAGUUAAAGAAUAGAAUUAAUUAUAAACACGUUUCGUCUCGUUUCAACUCAGAUUAUUUAUUAACUAUACUCAACUAUGAAUUUUGACGAAGACCUUCCACCCGAGCUUGUCGAAGCUGAGACCAGCCCGGAAGAAGAAAAACCAAUCAAGGUGCCUAUCACCAUCGUAACUGGUUACCUUGGAGCCGGGAAGACUACGCUACUUAAUUACAUCUUAACUGCUCGGCAUGGGAAGAGAAUAGCAGUCAUCAUGAAUGAGUUCGGCGAUUCGCUCGAUAUUGAAAAGUCUUUGACAGUUAGUAAAGGUGGCGAGCAAGUUGAAGAAUGGCUCGAGGUUGGCAAUGGUUGCAUCUGUUGCUCCGUGAAAGAUUCCGGAGUAAACGCUAUCGAGUCACUGAUGGAAAAGAAAGGUGCCUUUGACUAUAUUCUCCUAGAGACUACAGGUCUAGCAGAUCCUGGUAACCUAGCACCCUUAUUCUGGGUUGACGACGGUCUUGGAAGUACCAUCUACCUGGACGGCAUCGUCACGUUAGUAGAUGCGAAGAAUAUCCUUCGUAGCCUAGACGAUCCAUCAGGAAAAGUUGAAGGACACGAAGACCAUGACGGUCAUGGACCUCUCAUGACUACGGCCCACGUCCAGAUUUCCCAUGCGGAUGUUAUCGUCAUCAACAAAUCAGACCUAGUCGAACCGGCGGAACUUGAGAAUGUCAAGGAGCGGAUACAAGCGAUCAACGGUCUCGCAAAGAUCCACGUGACGAGACAAAGUGUCGUGCCUCAACUGGAGGGUUUCUUACUGGACUUACAUGCAUAUGACCAAGUGGAGGCAUUAGAUACUGCGGGGAAGGGGCAUAGCCAUCUUGAUCCUACUAUUUCCACGGUCUCUAUUAACGUACCGCUCCUGGCCCCUGAGCAGCUCAAGCAGGUCGACAGUUGGAUAAGAUCGUUGUUGUGGGAAAACCAAGUGCCAGGUGAAGCGACUAGUCCGGAGGAGCCUAUUGAAAUCCAUCGCCUAAAGUCCCGCCUCAUUUUCGAGAAUGGUGAUGUAAAAAUGGUGCAAGGUGUUAGGGAGGUGUUUGAGAUUUUCGACGGGCAGCAAACAUCCAGUCGACACGGUGAGCUUCCACAAACAGGGAAGCUUGUCCUCAUCGGAAGAGGUGUUCGGGGGAUCGACUUUGAGCGAAGUUUACUCAGCGCACUCCAGGAUAGAUAACUAUGAAUGAAUAAAAUAUCAUGUUGAUCCAUCUAACGGAAUAAGAACUGUAAAAAAGCGGGCAAUACUUCGACAAUUAUUUCAAACAUCAUCAUAAAUGUAUUCAAGUAGCCACUUCUCAAGUACCUAAGUAAAGUAAAGACACAAUUCGGAUGUGUAGCUUAUAUGAUUAAUUAACUUGAUUGAUUCAAACGGUCAGUCACGCG